GAUCACAUCCUCGUUGUCGUCCCAUUACACCUAACCAAAGGCAGCACGUCACAUAGUGUACAUAUAUUACAUACAUGUGAGAGUUCAUUGUGGUAGUUGUGUUCAAAAUUCAACAGACAAGCCGGCGAACACUAGCCAACGUCACAAACGCUUGCGGGGCUACUUUGCGUCUAUAGCACACAGGUCCACAGUUGAACAAAUAUUAUGACUAUGACUCGUAAUGACACUCCUCAAAUCAGCAAUGCUAAAUACAUUUGCUCGCAUGCAGUUAGCAGUCCAGCCGUCUUGAAAGCUGAAGGAGAUGCUUCACCGGCAUUCCUUCAACGGCUCUGCACUCCAAAGCGACAAGUUCAACUUCAACACGCUCUCUGUGACGUCACCGGUCAGUUGACUCACUUGGGAAAGUGGAGAUAUUUGAAGGUUUUAGGCGUCAGAAUAGUUGCUGACGCUUAAAAAGCAGACGGGGCAUUUGGAGAAUGUCUUCGUGGACGAGCUCGGAGUCUUCAGCCUCAUCAGUUUCUUCAAUGAAAGUGACUAGACCCGAAGUCAAGAUUGGCAAGGUUUUGUACAGCAAGUCCAACGCUUACUCUGUCCUGGAAUUCAUCGGCGAAGGCUGCUACGGGAAAGUAGCGGUGUGCAAAAAUCUGGACACGUCGGAGACAGUGGCUAUUAAGAUCUUGAAGAACGACGCUGCUGUCAAACAGGACACUGAGAAAGAGCUGUCGAUGCUGAAGAUGGUCAGUGUCCUGGACGUAGAUAACGCCAACGUGGUCAAGUUCUUUGAGCAGUUUGAGCACGAGGGAAACAUCUGUUUGGUGUUUGAGGUAUUAGACUGCGAUCUUAUCAAUCUGCUGGAAGAGCGACAACGUCAGCCAUUGUCUCUGGACGAAAUCCGUGUCAUUGCCCAUCAGCUGCUGGUGGCCUUGGUCACCCUGAAGAGUGUCGGUAUCCUGCAUACUGACAUCAAACCUGACAACAUUAUGAUUGUUAAUAGGAAAGAACAGCCCUUGAAGGUAAAACUGAUUGACUUUGGCAAUGCGCUUCCAGCAUCCAAAAUUAAGCAAGGGUUGGAGAUUCAACCAGUAGGAUAUCGAGCUCCAGAAAUUACCCUCGGCCUCCCUUACAAUGAGAACAUAGAUGUCUGGAGCGUUGGCUGCAUCAUGGCCUUCCUCUUCCUGCCUGGAAAUCUAUUCGCUGUCAACUGUGAAUAUCAAAUGAUGAAGCAUAUCAUCUGCGUUCUGGGCCAGCCAGACGACCACCUGCUUCAUGCUGGGAAAUACACUGAGAACUAUUUCACGGAAGAUAAGGAGGUUGGAGCUUCUCAAUAUAGACUCAAGACACCUGAGGAGUUUGAAGCAGCGAACAAUGAGAAACCCAAAAAGCAGGAUUGUUGCAGAGAGCUUCCCAAACCCCUAGAAGAUCUGAUUCAGUUGCCGCUUGAGGAAGAGAUUGCCGAGGGGGAGCUUGAGAAAAGGAAGGCUUUCUUGGACCUGCUCAAACAGAUGUUGCAUCUUGACGGGCGUCGGAGAAUCUCUGCCUCACAAGCAUUGCAGCAUCCGUUCAUCACAAUGGCCCACCAGGCCGGCAGUGGCAGCUGGAGUCCUCUGACAAAGAAAGACGUCUCCCUUGAUCAACAACGAACCCCUUCCUCAGACGCAAAGGCCGACUUUGAGUCUAACAAGAGCAUGUUAAAGAGGAUUCGCAAAUUCCUGCGCCGAGUGACCACUGCAUUCUAUCGCAUACUUGACUGAUUCCAGAUUUGCAUAGCUUUUACAAUUAGCAAAUGCUUUAGUUUAUGUUAAGAAUGAAAUUGUGAUUCAACAAAUAGAGAUGUUUAAUUCAUGGAUUCAUCUUUACAAGUA